UCCUCCUCCUCCACCACCUCCACCACCCCUCUCCACUUGAGGAAACUGAACGCAGAGCGGAUGCCGGGUGCGUUUGCGGUGAGCUGUCUGUCUCUCUGUCAGUGAGCCUGCGCGGCUCGAUGUGCGACAGCGGCAGGAGGAAGACAGACAGACAGUUACAGUGGCUGAAGGUCGGCCUGGAUGGCACCGAGCUCCCACUGAACGCGAGCGGCAGAGCACACAAGUGGCGAGCCGGGGGGUGGGUGGGGGGGCUGUACGUUAAACUCAAAGAAGUCGGGAUGGACGGGAAAGGGACUCUGAAGAUGUUCACCAGGAAGAAGCGGGAGUUGAUCAAGACGCCAUCCAUCUCGAAGAAGAGCCGAGCAGGAAGCCCUGGGCCGCAGAGCAGCGCUCAGUCUCUGUCCAUCCUCCAGGAGCAGCCUCGGAAAGAUGCGGGCGACAUCACCCUCUCGUCUUCACCCUCAUCCUCCUCCUCUUCAACUCUCACCCCGACCUCUGCCGGCCAGCAGGACCCCUCCCUGUCCUGCCCGGGCACCCCGAGCCCACAGCACAGCAAGCUGGCGGUGAUGCAAGGGCUUGGCUGCCCGUCUCCUGUGGCCACCCUGAAGAGACCGACUGCCCUGAGCAGACACGCCAGCGCUGCAGGAUUCCCUCUGCAGUCGUGGGUGUUCACUAAAGGCCAGGGGAAAGGGGCUUUGACCCCCACUCCUCCCUCUGAGGGUCCAGAGAGCACAGCCAUUGAGGUUGAGGACAUCCCGGCCCUGCUGAGGGAUGUGGCGCGUUUCGCAGAGGCUGUGGAGAAACUGAAGGAUGUCGUGCUGGCUGAAGGUAAGGAGAGUCAGCGCCCUGUGGCUCACGAGUGUUUAGGGGAGGUCCUGCGGGUGCUGCGUCAGGUCAUCAACACCUACCCUCUGCUCAACACCGUGGAGAUCCUCACAGCAGCCGGCAAGCUCAUAUCCAAGGUCAAAGGUUUCCACUAUGAGGCUUGUAACGAGGCAGAUAAAAUGGACUUUGAGAAAGCAAUCGAAACCAUCGCUGUUGCUUUUAGCGGCAAUGUGUCUGAACUGCUGAUGGGUGAGGUGGACAGCAGCACAUUGCUGUCCUUGCUGCCCACUGAGAAGAGUAGGUCGAUGGAGAACCUGUACACCGCGACAGGCCAGGGAGCAGACGGGGGAGCGUUCAGGAGCGACCUGCAGGACACAGGCAGAGUUGAAGAAGUGGAUGUGAUCCUCCAGCACAGUGAGGGAGGGGUGGAGACCGCUUUGUCCUAUGCCAAAACCAUCUCCAGGUACAUGAAGGACCUGAUGACCUACGUGGAGAAGAGAACUUCACUGGAGACCGAGUUCUCCAAAAAUCUCCAGAAAUUGUACCAGUCCUGCAAACACAGCAUAACGCAUCCCCACAUGCCCCUCUACUCCAUCUAUUCUCUGGCUCUGGAGCAGGACCUGGAGCAGAGCGUGGGGCUGCAGCAGGCCAACUCCACCCUGCACAACCAGACCUUCAUCCAGCCUUUGUCGCAGCGUAGGCAAGAGCAUGAAAAGAGACGAAAGGAGAUCAAGGAACACUGGAUUCGAGCUAAAAGAAAACUGAUGGACUGCGAGACGAACCUGCGGAAGGCCAAGCAAGCCUUCAUGGCCCGCUGCGAGGAGUACGACAAGGCCAAAACAGCAGCCUGCCGAGCUGAGGAAGAAGGAGGAGGAGGAUCUACGGCAAAGUCUGUGGAGAAGAAGAAACGUCUGGAGGAAGAGGCUCGCAGCAAGGCAGACGAGGCGGAGGCCACCUACCGGACAUGUAUAGCAGAUGCAACCACUCAGCAGCUGGAACUGGAGCAUACAAAGGUCACCGUGCUGAGACAGCUGCAGGACAUCAUCAAACAAAGUGACCAGACCCUCCGCUCGGCGACCAUCUCAUACUACCAGCUCAUGCACAUGCAGACGGUAGCCUUGCCAGUUCACUACCAGACUCUGUGUGAGAGCAGUAAGCUGUAUGACCCAGGCCAGCAGUACGCCGCCCACGUGCGAGACCAGCAGCUGCCAGAGCAGCCGAAUGUUGACUACACGUUUGAGAGCUACUGUCCCUCCAGUUCAUCAUCACACCACGGUCACAGACCAAGGAAUGACAGUUUUAACACAGAGCAGACGAGCCACACAGACAGUCCUGCCGUCAGUGUGGACACAGCAGCUGGAGACAAUAGAGACACUGAGACUCAACGCAAGAGGCAGGGCCACAAGUCAUGGGGUUCAACAGUGAGCGAUGACAGUGUUGGAGGAGAGGGAGCCCUGGAGUCUCCUACUGCCAGCACAAGUGACAUCAGUAAAAUUGCUCGUACGUCAUCCACUGGAACAAUGUCGUCCAAUGAGGAUGCAGAUGAGAAAGAUGGGAACGUGACCUCAUUUGAAACUCAAAAUAUCAACGGCAUGGAUCCCGAUGUUGUGGUGUCCGCCAGGCCUUUCCGUAACAUCGGCCUGUCUAAAGCAGCCCAGACACACCGACUGAGGAAGUUACGGACUCCUGCAAAAUGCCGCGAGUGUGACAGCUAUGUUUACUUCCAGGGAGCGGAGUGUGAGGAGUGUUUCCUGGCGUGUCACAAGCGCUGUCUGGAGACUCUGGCCAUCCAGUGUGGUCACAAGAAACUGCAGGGCCGUCUGCAGCUGUUUGGCAGGGAGUUCUCCCAGGUGGCCAGCUGUGCCAGUGACGGCAUCCCCUUUAUCAUCACCAAGUGUAUCUCUGAGAUAGAGAGACGAGCACUCAAAAUGAAGGGCAUCUACAGGGUGAACGGAGUGAAGACUCGCGUGGAGAAGCUGUGUCAGGCCUUUGAGAACGGCAAGGAGCUGGUAGAGCUGUCCCAGUGUUCGCCACAUGACAUCAGCAACGUCCUCAAGCUUUACCUCCGACAGCUGCCAGAGCCCAUCAUGCCGUUCUGCCUGUACAACAGUCUGAUGGGUGUGGCCAAGGAGAGUCUGCAGGGUGAAGCAGAGACACCAGAGAGAGAGGAGGCCGAGUCCAGCCCAGCAGUGGUCAGGGGGCCAGAGCUGGUGGAUCUCGGCCCUAACACCGAACCCGAGGUCCUGAUCAUGGUGGACAAGCUGAAGGAGCUUCUGAAGCAACUACCCAAGGCAAACAUCGCCACACUGCGCUACAUUAUUCGCCACCUCAGGAGGAUUGCAGAGCUAGAGGAAGACAACAAGAUGAGUCCCAGUAACUUGGGUAUUGUCUUUGGUCCAUCCCUGAUGCGUCCCCGUCCGACCGGGGCCACGAUAUCCCUGUCCUCUCUGGUUGAUUACCCCCACCAGGCACGCAUUGUAGAGGCCCUCAUUGUCUUCUAUUUAUCCAUCUUCCAGUCCAGAACCUCUCAGGCUCACACAACCUGCCGCUCAGCUUCCACUUCCACUCAGCAGAGCAAUGCUGCAGAUGACAAGGUAGAGAGCCCGGCUGAUGGAGAUGAGGAUGGAGGCCGAGAGGAGCAGAAUAAGCCAGAGUCUGACAAGAUGGAGGAGCAAUGUGAAAGUUCUUUGGGCUCACUGGGGUCUAGUGAGCAGCUCCCCGACUCCGACUCAGAGCUGGACGAGAGCGGCCAGAGGACCUCUCAGUCCCACAGAAUGGUGAAGCUAGAGCAUCAGGUGAGCAUGGACGACGACCAGCUGAGCAACCGGGACAGUCUGGACUUGUCCAGCCAGACUGCAACCCAUACCGACCAGGAAACUGCAACACACACCGACCAGGAACAUGCGGCAGAUGAGGACCCUGACAACCUGGAGGGUUCAGAGCCCCCUGCGCUGCCAGACGAUGGGCCCCCAGAUGACGAAAUUGUUGCAGAGCAGGAUCUGACUGCCUCUCUCGCCGAACUCAAUGUGAACCAGUCCAACAACAACUACCCCUGCCCCCCCAUAUUAAGCCUGUCACGGCUUCCACUAGCACGUCUGUGUGGAAAGAAAUUGCCCCUGACCAGAAAUAGAGACAGCGAGGCAGAGUUUGUCUGAUAUUAUUAUCAAAGUGAUUGGAUGUUUGUGAAGUCUUUUAGAUUGAGUUAAGUGACAGAAAUCUGGUUUUUAUUACACAUUAAAAUUCAGCAAAAGCUGAAACUGAGAGGGUUAUUGUGUUAUGUACAUCACGAUCAAAUUUUACACGUUUUUAAUCUGUGUAGCUGUAUUAACCUAUUCUCUGCAUGCUUUCUGCAGUUUAAUGCAACCUCUCAUUUCACGAAGGUCUGAAUUCAGAUUAUUGAAGAUGUAUUUUUUGUCGGUUUGUAUUUUAAAAUGUUUUACUUGUUGCUCUUACAAGCUUAAGGAAAAGUGGGUGGCUAGUUAGAUAAUAAUGUGUGCAAUGUGCAAAAUUUCCAAACAAAUUCCUUUUAAAGUGCUGCUGGUUUUGUUUCAGCACUAAAGCUUAAAAAUAAAUUUAGCAGUUUCUUAUAAAUGUCAACAUAUUGCCUUAUAAAUGUUUGGUCUGUUUUAAUAAACAUUUUAUUUUAAA